GUGGGCAGUCUCUGAUUCUUUCUGUGGGUGGGCUGCAGGGGAGCAACGUCCGGGGAGAGGAAGGGGUCCUUGCCGUGGGCUGUGCCACUUUGCUUUUUUUUUUUUUCGUGGGGGGAGCUUUGCUGCUUUGGCUCCUCGCGCCCGGAGCACGAAUUUGGAGGGGGGACUGCAGCCAAGCGGCGAAGUUGCGGCUCGGCAGAGGGCAGGGGCCGGGAGGACAUAUGUCUCGUCCUUCUGCCAACCCCUCCUUUUCCUGCCCUCCCUUCCCGUGCCCGCAUCUCUGCCUCCGUCCCCGAUCCCCGGCCGUCCCGACCCGGCUAUGGCUACCGGGGAGCCGCGAGCAUGAAGCCGGGGGCAGCGGUCCCCUUGGAACACCUGCUGGCAUUGACUGAGCUCGGCCCCCCCCGUCCCCGUGCGCACCCACCCCUCUCCCUCCUUCCUCCGCUCCCAUCCCUCCCUCCCGCCGCAGCUGCAGCGCUUCCUCCUCCUCCUCCUCCAAGGACGAGUCUGGGACCGACGGCCGGACCCCCCCUCCCCACCCUGCGCCCCCCCCUUCGCCCUGGCACCUCGCACCCCUCGGCCGCAGCGAGGGCGGACCGUGCCCUGGGGCUGCCCCGGGCGGGGGGCGGCAGCGGGAGGAGCCCCCGGGAGCGGAGCGGGGCAUGUAGGAGCCGGAGCGGCGCUGCUCCCGUGAGUACCGGGCGGACUGGGGGGGCCGGGCCCCCGACGGGCUCGGCAGGAACUUUUAGCGGUGAGUUGGGGUUUUCUGGGGGGUCUCCUGGAAAUUUCACAGCCGCAUCUCUCAUCAUCUCGAAAUGGGGAUGGGUCUAUUUUAGGGGGAAGCGAAAAAAUAAGCGCACCUUGCAUAACCCGCCGCUCGCUUUUGUUUUCGAUUAAUCCACAUCCGACUUUCUUUUUUUUUAAGCUGCGUUUCGGUGCGUUUCGGUGUGUGCGGGGCGCGCCGGGCCCUGCCCGCAACUGGUGCUGCGAGGAGGAGGAGGGCGGCGCGGGAUGAAGGUUGAAAGGAGACAGCGCUGCGUCUCCGGGCAGCCGGAGGGGACGGUCGGGGCGGUUUUGCCGUUGUCCCCCUUUAGGGGCUCACUGAGGUCCCUGUAGGGCCGCCCCUCACUUGCGCAGCACCAAACGCGUUUCCUGGCCCUAUCGGUGCCCCCGCAUCCCCCGCGGCUCCGCUUCGCGCUGUCCUUCCCGGCCCCUUCCCGCUCGCUGUGGUUCUCGGGCUCCGAUGCUCUUUUUGAGAUAAGGUUUCUCUUUCUCCAGAUGGAUUUUUGCAAUUCGGGAUUUUUUUCCUCCCCUCCCCGAGGUCACAGCAUCCGCACGGUCCCCCCAGCCCCCCCCCCCCCCCCCGCGGUGCUGGGGCUGCUAGCAGGGAGGAAGGGACGGAUAGAAGCAAAAAGAGUCUUAAAGCGAGAAGUGAACUUUCCCUGUUGCAUUAAAAUAACAUUCCAGGAGGUGGAGGAAGGCGAGGGCUCAGAGCACGCCUGGAACGGAUUUCUGUGAGCCCUGAGUUGGUGCUGCCCCAUCCCUCGCUCCCACAUCAGCCCUUCUGUCUGCAGUCAGCGUGGGGUCCCCCGGUCCGUGGGCUCUGCCCUGUGCCACCACCCCUGUGGAGCUGCUGUGCUCAGCCUGGUCCCCGGCCCCCUGCUGCUGUUUGGUGCCUUCUCCCUCAGAUCCCCUUUUCCCACCCCCUACAAGGCCCAGGCUGAUGCUGCGCUUUGCCAGCCGUGCCCAGGCGGCUCCUUGUGCUCUGCAUCCCAAUCCCGGCCAUUUUGGCAUCCUCAGGGCUGCACCGGCUGCUCUGGCACCAGAAACGCUGCUACAACCCCAAUCCCACAGGUAAUCCCUGAGCCAACCCCGCUGUCCCCCCCAGGCCCAACCUCGCACCCCCUCCUCUGCGCCAUCUCAGCGGCACUGCUGGGUUUGUUCUGUUGGUCUGAGCGGUGGCUGAGCAGCUCUGUGCCGUGCCCACCUCCUCGCUCUGCAGCUGUCACCGUGCUGUGGGGACAGAGCCAGGCAAUGCUGCUCGACGUCGAUCCCGUUUGCCCAAAUCCGCCCCCCGUUGCGAUGUAGGUUGGGGAUUUUGGAUGGCAGUUGCAGUCUGACACGAGCAGCCCCUUUGGAAGCGGCGCUUGGCUUUUGGAGAGGGCUGUGCUGCUCUGUGUGUGGACUGAUGGCUGCUGGGUUCUCCGGAGCUCAGUGCAGAACCACGCUGGGAUGGGGUUUCGCCGUCCCGUGCCGACGCUGUGGGCGAUGCGGGUGGCACGCGGCUGAUGGAGCAAAUCUCAGCUGCAGUGAAGGCCUGGGGUGUAUUUCAGUGUCCUUGAGGAGCCGUCAGACGGACAGAACUGCUGGGAGAGCGGCUCUGUUUGUUUUGGGUGGUGCGUUGCUCCCCUUCCUCCCUGCUCGGGUAGCUGGUGCCGGAUUCCCAAUGAAUUAUUUAUCGUGGGACUAAAAAUACCCGGGGAUUGCGGCGAGGAGCGGCGGUGCGGGCCGGGCUGUGCCGUGGUGUGGGACACCAUCAGCGUGAGUCACCGGGGGCUGUGCCUCACCUCGGCAUUGUGGCUGCUGCAGGGGGCACGGAUGUGGGAAGGGGUUGUGAGGCCGUUCGACAGCUCAACCCUGGCUGUGACACCAGGUGCGUGGAGAGGCGCUAAUUUGGGUUAUUUCACAUAUUUUCAGCCCGAAAUGCUGGCAGUGCUUUUCACCGAGUGGCCUUGUGCCGUGUCACAGGACAGAGGGGUCCCUGGGCAGCCCCAGCACAGACCCCAAACUUUCUCUCUCUAUGCCAAGGAUGCGUUAAGCAACAGCAGCUUUUAAUUGCAGGUGACAUUUCCAAGCGCCGGCUGGCAGCCGGCAUCUUGCUGCAUGCAGUGCCACCAUGGCUGGCAUGUGGCUGAUGGCCCUGGGGCUUCAAGGCUGGGGUUGGUGUUCCAGGCUGCAAACGGCCCACCAGCCCUGCAAUUCCAGUCAUGCCAGGCAGCUAAAGGAAACCUUCAUUUUCCUCCAUUCUUUAGGAACUGCUGGGUACUUGAGCUGGGUACCAUGCAGCUAAAAGCUGGUGAGCAGCUUAUGGGGCUUUUGGGGGUUUUCCUUCCAGGCAGCAGCAGGAGCUGAGGGGCUCUUCUGCCCCAUCACAUCCUGGCCCCACUGAGUCUGUGAGGGAUCCACACUGCACUGCAGAGGGUGCUCAGGGGAACGCGAGGUUUCAGCCUGUAAAUAUUUCAGGUGACUGUCAGCGUGGAGAGAGCCAUGAGGGAGCAUCCAGCUCCUCCCAGCACCUCCUGCUGCUGUCCCUGUCCCUGCCCAGAGGCAAUGAGGAGCAUCCUAAUGUGGCUCAGAUGGGAAGGAGGGCAAAGUGGCAGCGAAAUGGUGAUGGGGUUGUGGAGGGAGGGAGGAACAGAUUGGGGAAGGUUUGUGGCUCUUGGGGAUGAGGGUAAGGAAUGUGGCACUGGGAGACAGCACCCUGUACUCCCAAAGGGGCUGAGCUGGAGGGCACAGGCCUACGGUCAUCCCCACCCCGCAUCCAGCCUCCAAGGGAGGAGAGUCCCCCUUUCGCUGGGGUCACCCAGUGCUGGGGUGGUGCUUGGGGCAGUGUCCCCAAAUGGAUGGGUGUGAAGGGCUGUGUCCAUCCUCGCAGGGACACGGCGGUGGACAUGGGCAGAGCGCCGGCGCACACUCUGCUGCUGUCGUUGGUGCUGGGCUGCUCAGCUGCCUUCACCGAUGUGCUGCUGCCCGGCCCUGCAGAGCCAGUGGUCAACGUGGCCGUGGUGUUUGGGGGCACGUCCUACCCGCUGCACAUCCGCUCCCGCCUGAGUCCCCAGAGCUUCCUGGACAUGCCCCUGGAGAUCCACCCCAUCACCGUUGUUGUCAACAACACCAACCCCAGCACCCUCCUCACCCACAUCUGCGACGUGCUGGCCAGCCACAAGAUCCACGGCAUUGUCUUCGAGGACAACGUUGGCACGGAAGCGGUGGCCCAGAUCCUUGACUUCAUCUCCUCUCAGACCCAGGUCCCCAUCAUCAGCAUCAGCGGGGGCUCUGCGGUGGUCCUCAGCCCCAAGGAGCCCAGCUCGGCCUUCCUGCAGCUGGGCGUCUCCAUCGAGCAGCAGAUCCAGGUGAUCUUCAAGGUGCUGGAGGAAUACGACUGGAGCUCCUUUGCCGUCAUCACCAGCCUCUACCCGGGCUACAACAUCUUCCUGGAGCUCAUUCGCUCCUUCACUGAUGCCAGCUACUUCGGCUGGGAGCUGCAGGAUGUGCUCACCUUCGAGAUGAGCCAGGAGCGGAGCAGCUCCAGGACGCAGCGGCUCCUGCGGCAGCUUGAUGCCCAGGUGCUCCUGGUCUACUGCUCACGGGACGAGGCUGAGUUCCUCUUUGAGAUGGCUGGACAAGCCGGGCUGGUGGGGCCGGGCUACAUCUGGAUCGUGCCCAGCCUCACGGUGGGCAACAUGGAGCUGCCGCCCACCUCCUUCCCCGUCGGCCUCAUCAGCGUGGUGACAGAGAGCUGGAAGCUGAGUCUGCGGCAGAAGGUGCGGGACGGGGUGGCCAUCAUUGCCAUGGGGGCAGCCAGCUUCUUCCGAGCCCACGGCUUCCUCCCGGAUGUGGGACGGGACUGUCGGGCGCCCGCUGCUGCUGCCAACACCAGCUUCUACCGGCACCUCCUCAACGUGACGUGGGAGCACAGGGACUUCUCCUUCAACGAGGGCGGUUACCUGGUCAGGCCCACCAUGGUGGUGAUCUCGCUCAACCAACACCGGCUCUGGGAGAUGGUGGGGAAGUGGGAGCACGGCAUCAUCCACAUGAAGUACCCGGUGUGGCCCCGCUACGGCUCCUUCCUGCAGCCCGUGGUGGACAACCGGCACCUGACGGUGGCCACGCUGGAGGAGCGGCCCUUCGUCAUCGUGGAGAACACCGACCCCAGCACCGGCGUCUGCGUGCGCAACACCGUGCCCUGCCGCAAGCAGACCAACGCCUCGGCCAGCAGUGAUGGCCUCGCAGACCCCUACACCAAGCUGUGCUGCAAAGGCUUCUGCAUCGACAUCCUGAAGAAGUUGGCCAAGACGGUGAAGUUCUCCUACGACCUCUACCUGGUGACCAAUGGCAAGCACGGCAAGAUCGUGCGCGGGGUGUGGAACGGCAUGAUUGGUGAGGUGUAUUACAAGCGUGCAGACAUGGCCAUCGGAUCCCUCACCAUCAAUGAGGAGCGCUCCGAGAUCGUGGACUUCUCUGUGCCCUUCGUGGAGACUGGAAUCAGUGUGAUGGUGGCCAGGAGCAACGGCACUGUCUCACCCUCUGCCUUCCUGGAGCCCUACAGCCCAGCCGUGUGGGUGAUGAUGUUCGUGAUGUGUCUGACCGUGGUGGCCGUCACUGUCUUUGUGUUCGAGUAUUUCAGCCCUGUUGGUUACAACCAGAACCUCACCAGUGGCAAAAGGCCGGGCGGUCCCACCUUCACCAUCGGCAAGUCGGUGUGGCUGCUGUGGGCUCUGGUCUUCAACAAUUCCGUGCCCAUCGAGAACCCCAAGGGCACCACCAGCAAGAUCAUGGUGCUCAUCUGGGCCUUCUUCGCCGUCAUCUUCCUCGCCAGCUACACCGCCAACCUGGCGGCCUUCAUGAUCCAGGAGCAGUACAUCGACACCGUGUCAGGGCUGAGUGACAGGAAGUUCCAGAGGCCGCAGGAGCAAUACCCCCCGUUCCGCUUCGGCACCGUCCCCAACGGCAGCACCGAGAGGAACAUCCGCAGCAACUACCCCGACAUGCACACCCACAUGGUGAAGUACAACCAGCGCUCUGUGGAGGAUGCCCUCACCAGCCUCAAGAUGGGGAAGCUGGAUGCCUUCAUCUACGAUGCGGCAGUGCUCAACUACAUGGCGGGCAAAGACGAGGGCUGCAAGCUGGUGACCAUUGGCAGCGGGAAGGUGUUUGCCACCACGGGGUACGGCAUCGCCCUGCAGAAGGACUCACGCUGGAAGCGGGCCAUUGACCUGGCCCUGCUGCAAUUCCUGGGAGAUGGUGAGACCCAAAAGCUGGAGACGGUGUGGCUGUCGGGGAUCUGUCAGAACGAGAAGAACGAAGUGAUGAGCAGCAAGCUGGAUAUUGACAACAUGGCUGGAGUCUUCUACAUGCUGCUGGUGGCCAUGGGGCUCAGCCUGCUGGUCUUCGCCUGGGAGCACCUCGUCUACUGGAAGCUGCGGCACAGCGUUCCCAAGUCCCACAAGUUCGACUUCCUCCUGGCCAUCAGCAGGGGCAUUUACAGCUGCUUCAGCGGGGUGCAGACCCUGGGCAGCCCCGGGCGGGCGCCCACGCCCGACGUGACGGCGAGCUCAGCCCAAGCCAACGUGCUGAAGAUGCUGCAGGCGGCCAAGGACAUGGUGUCGACGGCCAGCGUGGGCGGCUCGCUGGAGCACGCCACGCGAACCAUCGAGGACUGGAGCAGCCGCAGCGAGCACCUCCAGACCACCUUCUCGCUCAGGACGCCGCAGCUCGUGGUGCAGAACAGCACCGGCACGCAUCGGGGUCCCUCCUGCGGCCCCCCGCACCCCGAGAGGCUGCGCAGAGUCUACGCGCCCAAAGGGCCGCCCCGGGGGCUGCCUCUGCCCAUCCCCGUGGACUCCCGGGAGGAGAGAUGGAGAGGGCCGAGCGAGCGCACCGCCCGCGUCCUUCACCCCGUGAAGCUUCAGGGCGGCGGUGCGGCGGACAGAGCCCAACCGGGGCCCUUCCCGCACCUCCCGGCGAAGGCGGCGCCGGACGGGGAUUUCGACGAGCACGCGCUGAUGGGGAACCAUAUCGGCGCUCCCGUUGCCGCCCCGACGCCUCCCAGGGAGCUCCCGCCGCCGGACAUCUACCGGGAGCACAGGCGGGCGGAGCGGCCGCCCACCGCCCCACUGCUCUGCGGCGACGGGGCGGGGACGGCGCCGCGGCCGCUCCCGGCGUCGGAGGCGAGAAGGGAGGCGGGGAACGCGUCCGUUCCCCUCGCCUGCGCCCGCGGUUCCUUCCCCAAAGCCGCCAGGACUUGCAGAGCCGCGGCAGAGCGGGAGCAGCCGAGCCGGCGGGCGAGCGCGGACCGAGCGUCGCGGGAGCGGGGAGAGAAGCGUCGCGGUGCGGGGCUGCGGCGGUGCGGGGCGCGCCCACCCGCUGCCCGCGGCGACGUCCCCGACCUCUUCCCCGAAGCCGAGGCCGCCCAAGGCUGCGGUCUGCGCUGCCCCGAGGCCGCCGGGCGGCUGGCCGGGCCGGGCCGGGCGCCACGCUCCCCUCUGGCCCGGCUGCCGUCCUACCGAGAAGCGUGCCGGCAGAAGCCCCGCGGCACCGCGUGCGCGCCCUACGCCUGCGCGGACUCCUUCGCCCACCCGCCCCUCUGCCUGGGCCGUUCGUCCCGCGAGCACCCCGAGGUGCCGGGAGGCGGCCGGGGGCCGGGGCGCUGGGACGGAGCCCACAGAGACUGGGGACGGCGGGGGGAGCCGGGCUGGCCGCGCGCGGUGGGCGCGGAGUGGUUGGCGGCCCGCGGGGUGACGAGUCCCUGUGCCGGCGGGUCCUGGCGGCGGGUCUCCAGCCUGGAGUCCGAGGUCUGAUGGGGGCACGGGCGGCUCCGAGAGAUGUGCUGCUCCCUGCUCGCCUCCGGCCUGGGUGGAGAGAAGCCACGAGCCCUUCGCCCUGCUUCCCUCCUGGAGCAUCCUCCAUCACCGACAGUGGGAUGCGCCAAACCAGGUCUGCUCACUUUGGAGGCCAAAGGAGCCUCCUCGAGGCUGGACUGGGCUCUCCCCGCAGGCAGGGCUGGCUGGGGACGUGGGGACACUGAACUCAUUGUCACCAUGUUUCUGUCUUGAUUUCAUCGAGGGACUCCAAGCGUCCCGUCCAGGUCAUUAAAGAGACGUUUUGAACUGGCUGGGGACCCUUCUUCCAGUGCUGCUGCUGAGCCCCUUGCUGCCCUUGGCUUUGUCCCCUCAGCCGCAGCGAUGCCCGUGGCCCUGAGCCCCAUCCCUGCUCACGUCCCUGUGCCUGGCUGCCCCGGUAUGAUGAGCCGAGAGCGAGAUGGGAGAGCAAAUGCAGCGCAGGAUGUGGGGGAAACGGACGGAGCUCAGUGCAACCUGCUGGCUGCAGCUCGUCUCCUGUGUGGGAACUGCUGAGUCACAGCCUGAAGCGCUGAUUGAGCGCCUGGCAGAAGAGACCCGCUCAGCCCUGAGCACAGGUGGAGGCGAUUCACCCGUGCGCUGGGAAGGGCUGGAGCCGCACCUCUCAGUCCUCAUUUAAGGGCUGACUGCCACUGGGGAGGGGUCUCUCGCUGCAGAUCCCUCUUCUGUGAGCCUGUAUCUUCGGAGAUGGGUGAGCGUUUUCCUUUUUGUAACGCCUCGCUGUGCUGGUCCUGCUACUGUUAUGCUGUGCCAUCGCCCCACAGCCCUCCUGGGCUCGCAGUCCCUUUCCUGUCCCAGCUCAAGGCUGGGUUGGCACCAUGGGGAGAGCAGCAAAGCCCUGGGGAGAGCUGGACGCUCACUGCCCAAGGACAAACAUGCUGGCACGGCCUGUCCAUCCAUCCAUCUGUUUGUCCAUCCAUCCAUCUGGCCUGGGUUACGUCCAGCCACUGUCUCUGCAUCCGCCCCCAGCCUGGCUGCCAUCACGUGCCAGCGUUUUAAUUCCCGUGACUUAUUUAUCAUCGCAAUUGUCACUUAAUUGCUUUGGCAGCCCCUCCGAGGGCCUCCCGGGGAGGGAGAGCAGUGGCGAUGGAGAGUGGAAGGGAUGGAUAAAUGAACCCAUGGUGCUGGAUGGAGGGGUGGGGAGUGAGCUGGGCUGUCUGCAAGGGGCAGCUCUGGCCGAUGGGUGCCCAUGGGGACAGGCUGUCACUGUUGGUGUCCUGGGAAGUUUUCCCCACGCUGUGGCUUUGUGGCCCAAGGACACCAUGGCACUUGUGGUGUGGUAACUCUGCCCAGGCUCAGCAGUGCCCAGAGCCAGGCUGGGUGUGGGGGCAGUGAGGACAAAAGAGAAACCUCCCCAGCCCACUUUUUCAAUUAAUUAGUGAUAUCCCUGGUGACUCAGCAGAGGCCAAAUGCAUUUCCCUCAUGUUUUAUUGAAGGACUUCACUGGGGGAGGUGGAGGGCAGGGAGGGAUGAGGUGGCAGUGGGUGGCACGGGGUCCUGCAGGAGGUGGCACUGGGGAUGGGCGCCCGUGGGCUGAGCUGCACUGCUGAUUUAUACAGUGACUGGGAUGUGGAACGGCUCGUUUUAACUCCAUUCCCUGUGGCUGCAGCGCUGAUGUGGGGCGCUGGCAGGAGAAGCAGCCGUGGUGCUGGGGCUCAGGGCUGUGCCCGUGUUGGUGGUUCAGCGCUCGGCGGCUUCUGAGCACUGAUUUCUUGGCGGUGCUGCAAUCAUUCUGUAACUCAGCCGGCUCUGCUGCCCAGGCUGUGCUCCGUGUGCCCCCCAGGGGAUGCCGCCGCCCCACGGCCGUCCCCAUCGCUGCCCCCAUCGCACCUUUCAUCCCAGGUGGGUUCUGGUGGGAACAGAGGCUGCGGGGCUGCAGAGCUCGCCCUGCCUCGCGGGAUGCAGGUUUUCCUCUCCCCUC